AAAAACCUAAACAAAGAGCGUUCUUCUUAUUCAAUGAUAUUCUCGUGUACGGACGUGUUGUUAUCAGUGGACGUAGAUAUUCACAACAAAAAAUUAUUCCACUUAAUGAAAUACAAAUCGGUGCUCCUAUUGAUUCAGCAGAAAAUCCAUAUGCAUGGUUAAUAAGUAGUCCAAAAAAAUCUUUUAUUGUCCGAGCAAAUUCAGAUCGUGAACGACAAGAAUGGCUUACACAUCUUGAUCGUUGUAUUCGUUAUGCUUCUGGAGGUGCUAAUACACAAAAUAAUGCGGUCGCUGCACAUUGGAUACCUGAUGAUAAAGCUGAUACAUGUAUGCAUUGUCGUACAUCGAAAUUUUCAGCAUAUAAUCGUAAACAUCAUUGUCGAAAUUGUGGUUUAGUUGUUUGUGAUGGGUGCUCAAAAAAACGCUUUUUAAUUUCACAUUUGGAUGCAAAACCAGUUCGAGUAUGUGACUCCUGUUAUGCUAAAUUAAAUAAUAAUGAUAGCAAUGACGCACGUCUAAAUCAACGUGAUCGACCAGCUGAUAGUAGUGACAGUGAUGGUGAUGAAAAUCCUCAAUAUUCUCCAAUACCUGCGACUUUUUAUCAAAAUGUUGAAAAUCUCUAA